CCUCUCUCCGACCCCUCUUUGGCCUUCAACGGACUCAAUUCCCGGGCGUAUUUGAGGUUGUGAGCUGUGCUCUACGGGCCCUCUGGCUUUUUCCAUCGUUGACCGAUUUACACUACGACCGCUUCGAUAGCCGUCAAACAUCCUAACCACUAGACCCAUUAACCCGGUUCAAUAUCAAGCAGCCGUGUAUCCCGUCAGGUCGGACGGAAGUGACAGCCGUACUCGUCACGAUCUUCGAUUACCAAGAAAACGAAAGAGCCACAGCCCGGCUGAUCCGGCGGCGAGAUCAAACAGGAGUAAAACGAACCUAGCCAUUCUUACCGCAACCUCAAAGAGCCCCUCCAAGAUACAAGAAAGCCCAAGGGAAGAUGGCAACGCCGGCCCACUGCUACUAUUGCUUCGAGAGCCUCGCAGCCUCCUAUCAACGCAAGGAACCCAUCGACCUGGCCUCAGUCGAGGAACUGUGGGCCCGCUAUGAACAGUUCAAGAAACUCUCCGCGCUGCAGGACACCGAAGACGAGACGGACUACUCGCUCAGCAUAGACGACGAGGAGGAGGAGGAACCCGCGGGUGUUGGGGCUCGGAAAAUCAAGCUGCCCAGCGUGCACCGAUUGCAGUCCAGUUCCAGCUCGACGACGACGCGCCCCUCAUCCCUCAACUCCUCGCACUCCACGCUGACCACGUCCACCACACUGACCACCCCAGGGUCCGCCUCGCUCUCCGACACCGCCAGCGGCCGUUCGCGUCGCGAGGAGCCGCCCGAGCCCCAAGAGUACCCGCUCUUCGUCACCUGGAACACGCUCUCGCGCCACGGCCACAAGUCUCUCCGCGGGUGUAUCGGGACCUUCGAGGCCCAGGAGCUGUCCGAGGGCCUGCGAGACUACGCUCUUACCUCUGCAUUCGAAGACACCCGCUUCGCCCCCAUCCCUUCCACCCUCCUCCCCUCCCUCUCCUGCUCCCUAACCCUCCUAGGCACCUUCGAACCCUGCACCAACGCCCUCGACUGGAUCCUCGGCCUCCACGGCCUCCGCAUCUCCUUCAUCCACCGCGGCCGUCGCUACGGCGCCACCUACCUCCCCGACGUCGCCGUCGAACAAGGCUGGACCAAGGAGGAGACCGUCAAGAGCCUGAUGCAAAAAGCCGGGUGGGACGACCACAGCAGCAGCAGCAGCAGCAGCAGCAACAACAACAAUAGCAGCAGUGCCUCCAGGCGGUUCCUCCGGGGCGGGGCCGGCUCGAGUAAUAAUCAUAGUAGUAACAACAGUAGUGGCAGUACGGCGGUCAAGCCGCCAUGGGACCAGGUCUCGGAUUUCCGGGCAGUCAAGUAUCAAGGGCUGAAGGCGAGUUGUACAUAUGCCGAGUGGCAGGAGUGGCGGCGGUGGGUGCGGGGGCUGGGCGAUGGGAGUGAGAAGUUGUUGGUUGGGUGACUUGAUCCCCCCGCCCCUCCUCAUGGAUAGACUUACUUUUGGCUGGGAUAUUUGGGGUCGAAUAUCUAAUAAUGAUGAUGAUAGUGAUGAUCUAAUGAUGUGGUUUCAACGUGAAGGGAAUGGGGCGCUUCAUUGUUGGCGGGGAAGGUUUUUUUGUUUUUGUUUUUUUGUGGAUAGGAUUAAGACA